CUGGACCUGUCGUGCAUUACUUGAACCAAACAUGUCACCGAGGAGUGUGCGCCUUUAGGUUAAAAAGAGUGACUCUCGGCGGCAGGUUAGUUUAUCUCAGGAGAUGAUUAGAGCUUCGACUCCCGCUGUUUAACUAAAGAUCAGAAUCUCCCGCGGUCUGCUGUGAUUACCUCACAUCUCACGAGACCGCCGCUUUUGUUGUUGAUCUCCAGGAAACGCAAAAGCUCGGGUUACACCUUUUCCGUUUUUGUGGGGAAGACGGAAAAACUUCAUUUAGCGCUUUUAGAAUUCUGCAGGAGUAAUUCUAUUUUUCACUCGCGUUGUUUCCACUCACCGGAAAUAUCGACCUCUGGAGUUUCUAAUCCACUUGUGGAUCCGCACCGAGGCCCCGUAUGCGGCGCAUCAUGUCCGGGUGCAUGUGAAAAAAAAGUAUCGCAUUUGUUUACAUUUCAACUCGAUUUGAUUUGGAGGUACGAAUUUAGCGUAAACAUGCCCGGUGCGCGCGAGAUCGGGCUGGUGGGCGCCGCGCUCGCGCUCACGGGAGGCGUCGCGUGCGCUGUGUGUUAUCUGAGGAAAACACGAGAACCCGAGAAAACAGAGAAAGAAGAGCUGAACGAGGACGGGAGCAGAGGAGAGCACGUGCAUGAAGCCACCAAGACCGACACUGCACUAAAAGCGCCCGUAAUAACAGAGCCCAGGACAGCAGGUACUCAGGUGCUGGUAUUGGGUCUGGACGGGGCAGGAAAGACCAGCUUACUGCACUGUUUUGCCACGGGCAGCCUGGAACAAGACGUGUGUCCCACUCAGGGCUUCAACGCCAUCUCCAUCAACAAGGAAGAGCUUCAGAUCGAGUUCUUAGAGAUUGGAGGUACAGAGAAGCUGCGUGAUUACUGGCAGAUGUAUUUGUGUAAAGCGCGUGUGUUGGUGUUCGUGGUGGACUCGUCUGACCCCGAGCGAUUCCCUCUGGCUAAACGUCUCCUGCACCAGCUCCUGUCGGCCGACCCCUGCCUGCCUCUAGUGCUGCUCGCCAACAAGCAGGACGUCCCCGGGGCCCGUGGGAUCACUGAUCUUUAUGAGGCACUGGAUUUGGGUAAUGUUGGCGACGGGCACCGGCUCAGUGUGAUUGGUACUCAGGUGAAGAAGGGAAAGUCUGAGGCCAACACCGGUGUGCAAGAUGCUCGUGACCUCAUCAUAGAGAUGAUGUCAGAUGAUUGACCACCGACUAUGUAUCUUAAAAUAGUUUCCUUUGGUCCCAAUAAUGUAGGGCUUUACGGUCACCAAAGACUCUUCAAACCAAAUGACAACAAAACAGUUUUUGUAGUAGAAGAGAGACUAGUUGAAAUAAUUUUAAUCACACUAAAACAUUAUGAUAGCUAUAAUUGAGAAUGAAAACUGAGCAUUUUGAAAAAGAUGCCAAAGAUAAUCAUGUCUUUCAGUGUAUUGCUGCUGCUGUUGUAAUUGUGGAUUAUGGGAUGUUUGAUUAUGAGUUAACUGAUACAGACUCUUGUAUGAAGCCUGUGUGUUUGUGCUGUUUUUGCUAGAUGAUAAAAUGCUUUAAUUGGAUUAUAAUGUAACUUGCUGACUUGUCAGUAAGAAUAGUCUAUAAUCCAAAUGUCUGUAUAUUAUUUUUGUAACUUGACCUUUCUGUCUUUAAAUGGCUUUUUAUUGCCAGAAAUCAAGUGAAGAUUUGGUUGGUGAUUGUCUUUUGA